UUUUUUCUCUCCAAGCAAAAGAAAAAGGAGAAAAAUGUGUGGAUAAUGAGCCGAGUAAAGAUGGGCAUCUUUUCUGCUAUAAGACUUUUUAACCCCUUCUUUUUCUUUAUUUCUUUGGGGUUUGGCCUUUUGGGCGCUGAGGUAAGAGUUUUGCAGAGACUUGAGCCUGACAGAGGGGCUUCCCCUAAGUGAAGACCUCUGCUCUUAUAAAUCCAUAGAUAGAUCAUAGAGAGGAGAGAGUGCCGAUGAUGAUGAAGCACGUGCACACUCAGAUUUCCAUCACACCAGGAUUUGCCUGAUAAGACCCUUGCAGUUGUUGCUUCACAAUUCCGAACCAGUUGAUUCAGGCAACAAAUGGGUUGAUUCUCACACCCAGAUUUAUCACUCCAGUGAUAUAAACUCCAAGAAAGAGGAAAUAUUAUUCAAAAUCGAUGGCGACGUACUUUCAUGGGAAUUCAGAAAUCCAAGCUGAUGGGUUACAGACUCUCAUUCUCAUGAACCCUGCCUACGUUGGAUACUCGGACGCGCCACCGCCCCCUCCGCUGCACCCCAAUUUCGUCUUCCUCAAUUCUGCCGCAGCUUCACUCGCUCCCUCCAACCUUUCCCACGCGCCGCCGCCCCAGACCCAGCAGUUCGUCUCCAUCCCCCUAUCGGCCACUGCCCCCUCCGCCUCAUCGGAUCCCAGUCCUCCAUCCGUGCACGCCCACCAUGAGAUCCCAGGGCUUCCUGGCUUCAUCCAGCGCCCUCACUACAAUCUCUGGAGCUCAAUUGACGCAACUGCGGCGGCGCGUGAUACUCCACGCUCCCAGCAGGGCCUCUCCCUGAGCCUCUCUUCGCAACAACCGCCGGCCUAUGGUUCCUACGGGAAUGAGCGCGAGGUCCCUCCUCAGCAUGCGACGGCCAUAUCGCCGGUGAGCGACGACAUGCGAAUUUCGGGGGCGUCAUCGUCGUCGGCGUCGGGAAUUUCAAACGGAGUUUCGGGUAUGCAUGGUGUGAUACUGAGUUCCAAGUACUUGAAAGCUGCUCAGCAACUACUGGACGAGGUUGUGAACGUGGGAAAUGGAAUUAAAACCGAAACACCAUCUAAGAAGAGCAGCAGUGAGGCAACCAAGACUCUUGGGGAAGGCCUAAUUGGAGGAGAAACAAGCACCAAACGCAGCGCCGACCUUUCAACUGCUGAGAGGCAAGAGAUUCAGAUGAAGAAAGCUAAGCUCCUCAACAUGCUUGAUGAGGUGGAGCAAAGAUACCGGCAGUAUCAUCAUCAGAUGCAGAUUGUGAUUUCUUCAUUCGAGCAAGCGGCAGGGAUCGGGUCCGCCAAAACUUACACAGCCCUUGCGCUGCAGACCAUCUCAAAGCAAUUCAGAUGUCUGAAAGACGCAAUAUCGGGGCAGAUUCGAGCAGCAAACAAGAGUUUAGGGGAGGAAGAUGGCACUGGAGGGAAGAUUGAGGGUUCAAGACUCAAAUUUGUUGAUCAUCAGCUUCGUCAGCAGCGGGCUCUUCAACAAUUGGGAAUGAUCCAACAGAAUGUUUGGAGACCCCAGAGAGGAUUGCCUGAAAGAUCUGUUUCUGUUCUUCGCGCUUGGCUCUUUGAACACUUCCUCCACCCUUAUCCUAAGGAUUCAGACAAGCACAUGCUCGCCAAACAAACAGGGCUCACCCGGAGUCAGGUGUCUAACUGGUUCAUAAAUGCUCGGGUUCGUCUCUGGAAGCCAAUGGUGGAAGAAAUGUACAUGGAGGAAGUCAAGGACCACGAAGAGAAUGGAUCAGGGGAGAAAACAAGCAAGAGCGAGGACAACAACCUGGAAGAUUCAGCAUUGAAGUCCAGUGGUCAGCAAGAGAAAAGCCCUGGUUCUGAGAACCAAGCUAGAAGUUUCAAAUCCAAACCAGACAAUCCCACGAACAAGAGUGCUCCUCCAGUGAUCUCAAUGGCCACAGCUGCAACAUCUCCCAUUGGAGGAGGAAAUGCCCGGAACCAGCCCAGGUUCACGCUCAUGGGGCCAUCAGAAAUGGAAGGGAUGGCCCAAGGAAGUCCAAAGAAACCAAGGAGCACCGAUGUCCUGCACUCCCCAUCUAGUGUCCCAUCCAUGGACAUGGAUGUGAAGCCCGGUGAAGCAAAUCACCACCACAUUUCCAUGAAGUUCAGCAAUGAGAGGCAGGGCAGAGAUGGCUAUCCGCUAAUGGCAGGCCCAACAAACUUCAUUGGAGGAUUUGAGUCGUACUCAAUUGGGGAAAUUGGACGGUUUGAUGCCGAGCAGUUCACUCCAAGGUUUUCAGGCAAUGGUGUUUCUCUCACCCUUGGUCUCCCACACUGUGAAAACCUCUCCUUAUCAGGAACCCAUCAAACUUUCCUCCCAAACCAAAACAUUCAAUUGGGAAGAAGAGUAGACAUGGGUGAACCAAACGAGUAUGGCACUAUCAACACUACCACACCUCACUCUACAGCUGCAUACGAGAAUAUCAACAUGCAGAACGGGAAGAGGUUUGCAGCCCAGUUGUUGCCUGACUGUGGCCUGAUCAGUUAAAAGCAAGACACUGCAAGAGGAGCGGUCUCAGCAUCAAGGCCCCUUCUAAUAUAUUCUUCCAACUCCCUCUAUAACCAGGGAACAAGGAAAGUGCAGGGUAGUGUAAAGAAAGAAGAAAAUUUACUUUAGUACAGGUUUAUACUUUGCAGAGAACCAUUUGAGUUCCUAGACAGAUUAGGAUUUGAUAACAUAUGGUUGGGGAUUGUAUAUUAUUUUUGUAAGUUUUGGAGAUGGAUAUGAAAUUUUAGUUAUUUGGGUAUUACUGAUA